AGAACAGACAGCUCUCUACUCAAUCCCCAUUGCAUGCACUGCGCCCCAUUCUCCAUGCUGUCCGAAUCCUUCGUCGCGUCGACGUUGUCAUCUGCAAAAUCUCCGACCGCCACACUGCGUGAUGUCGGCAUUUGCUUGCAGGAAUUCCAGCCUUCCCCUCAGCUGCGAUCGACUUUCAAGAAGAGCUCCACCACCACCAAUUGCCUCGCUGUAACUCCGUCGCAUAUCUUCUCCGCCCAAGCUGACAAGGCCGUGGUCCAUGUAUACAGUCGGGAAAAGGGGAACCAAGAGGCAUUAGUGCCAUUUCCGGAGCGAAUCCGCAGCAUUGCAGUUGCUAGUGCAAAGUAUGGAGAUGUCCUGGUGCUGGGAACAGAGGGCGGCCGAUUGAUCCUAUGGGAGACAUGUACCGGACGUCAAGUGGCUACCACAGCUUCUCAUCUCCAGCCCGUCACCUCGAUCGUCGUCGACCCCACCUCCAAUUUCAUUCUCUCCGGCUCUGAUGACGCCAGCAUACACGUCUGGUCCAUUCCCAACAUUCUCUCUUUCUCCAAGCCCACCCUAGGCCGGGAUCGCCAGCCUCAGAACACACCUAUCCGCACCUUCUCUAACCACCGCGCUGCCAUCACUUCGCUCGCCGUUGGACACAGCGCUGGCCGUAACAAUAUCGCGGUGUCGACUGCAAAGGACAACACUGCUAUUGCAUGGGACUAUCAGACUGGACGAGUCCUCCGAACAUACCUCCUUCCGUUCUCCGCGACAUGCGUGGCUUUGGAUCCCGUCGAUCGGGCCUUUUACGUGGGCUACGAGGACGGCAGCGCACAAUCGGUAGACUUCUACCGCAGCAACUCGACACAGCAUCCUCUCCAUGAACCGUCUCUACAGUCCACACCCGCUCAGGUGUCCACCGAAGACAGAUGGCUCCCUCCCGCCGCCGACUCGGGUGCCGCCAAGGCCAUCGCCCUCUCAUACGACGGAACCACGUUAUUGUCUGCCCACGAGAGUGGUAAAGUGUUGUCAUGGAAUAUCGCGCGUCGGAAAUUCACCGCCUCCAUCGCCGAUUACACUCAUCCCGUCACAAACUUGGUCAUGUUGCCGCCAAGCGGCCUGUCAUCCCCAUCGCAGGACCUCAAGCGCACGAUACAUACAAUCGUGAAACCACGCCAUGACAGUGCCUUUGCCGAUCCAGCGCAUGCCCCAGGCGCCGUCCCAGCCGAAUAUGCAUUCAACACACAUGUCCUCGCAUCAUCACAAACGAAAUCCCGCAAGCCUUCUCAAUUCUCCCAAGCUCUUACCCAUGCAUACUUCCCCGAUUCUGUGAUCGAGGAAGGCCUUGCCGAACUAUCUGCAUUGCGCCAACCAGGUGGAAGUGAUAUCAUCCGCGUUGCGUCCACAGCUGCCACCCCCACGACCACGCAGAACGACACCCAAGUCGCAGACCUCGAAGCCGAAAUUGCCAUGCUCAAGAAGAAGGUCGCGGUGAAUGAUACCGCGCGCCAUGCAAACGCCAGCGAGGUCACGAAAUUGCGCGUGGAUCUUGCCCAGAUGCAGGAUUACAUCAAUGAGAUGCAUGAGAAGCAGGAGGCAGCUCAUCAGGAUAAGGUCCAGCGUCAGGCCAGGAAGGAGGAGCGCGAAACCAAGCGUCGUGAAGCUUGGCUCGCUGCGGAGAAGAAGGGUCGCAAUGGUGAUGCUGUGAUGAAAAAGAUGGAGAUUGACGAUGGUAUGUUCACUAGUGAGUCGGAUGACCAGAGUGAUGAGUGA